GACGGCGAGAACUUCCCUGCUCUGCCGCCGGGCCGUGCAGAGAGCCGUAUUGACAGCGCUGUGCUGGCUGCCCGGUCCUCUUCUCCGAGUGGGCCUGUCCCUGCCGGGCCCAAUGAACUUGAAGAUGACUUACUUGGAGAAGAUUUGCUGUCUGGCAAAAAGAAUCAGUCGGAUUUGUCGGAUGAAGAGCUGAAUGAUGAUCUUUUACAGAGUGAUAAUGAAGAUGAAGAAAAUUUCAGUUCUCAGGGUGUCACAAUUAGUCUAAACACCACAUCUGGCAUGGUCACGUCAUUUGAACUGUCUGACAACACUAAUGACCAGUCCGGAGAACAGGAGUCUGAGUAUGAACAAGGAGAGGACGAACUUGUUUAUCACAAAUCCGGGGGAUCUGAACUGUACGCUCACGAGUACCCAGAGGAAGGACGCUAUGAAGGCCAUGGCGCUGAGCUGACGGAAGGCCACAUGGAAUAUGUGGAGGAGCCGGAGGAGGGGCAGCUGUACAGUGACGAAGUGUUAGACAUCGAGAUCAAUGAGCCCUUAGAUGAAUUCACAGGAGGUAUGGAGACUUUGGAGCUACAGAAGGACGUAAAAGAAGAAUCCGAUGAGGAAGAUGAUGAUGAUGAAGAAUCUGGACGAUUGCGGUUCAAAACUGAAAGGAAAGAAGGAACAAUUAUUAGGCUCUCAGAUGUAACUAGAGAGAGAAGGAACAUUCCAGAAACUUUGGAGCUUUCAGCCGAAGCCAAAGCCGCGUUGCUUGAGUUCGAAGAGAGAGAGCGACAGCAUAAGCAGGGACGCUAUGGCUCGAGGCGGGGAGGAAGGAGAGGAAGCUCUUUAGUGUGUCGUGGAAUGGGAGACCAGAGGAGAGAGAGCAGUGAGCGAGCAAGAAUAAAAGAUCACAGACCUGCCCUGCUUCCGACGCAGCCUCCUGGCGUGACGCACUCUCCAAGAUUGAUCCCCCCUGCGCAGCCUCAGCCGCCGCCGCCGCCGCCGCCGCCGCCGCCCCAGCAGCAGCCCAUCAGGAGCCUGUUCCAGCAGCAGCCGCUGCAGCCACUGCUGCCCCUGCAGCACCCGCAGCACGCCCCGGCUCCCCAGGGGGCGCAUGCGCCGCCCCAGAUGGAGGCCCCGCGCCUGAUGAUCACCCCUCCUCCGGUGACCCCGCAGCAGCCCAAGAACAUCCACAUAAACCCCCACUUCAAGGGGGCGGUGGUGACGCCCGUGCAAGUGCCCUUGCUGCCAGUUCCCAGCCAGCCGAGACCUGCUGUGGGGCCGCAGAGAUUCCCUGGCCCUCCGGAGUUCCCGCAGCACACGCCCGGGCCGGUCCCCGGCACCUUCAGCCAGCCCCCGCGGCUUCCCCUGCAGGACCAGUGGAGAGCCCCGCCGCCGCCGCAGGAGCGGGACCCUUUCUUCUUGGGAGUUUCAGGCGAACCGAGGUUCCCGAGUCAUCUCUUCCUGGAGCAGCGCAGCCCCCCGCCGCCGCCGCCGCCCCCCACGCUCCUCAGCGGCGCGCACCCCGUGCCCGCCCCCAGCCCCCUGCCGUUCACCCAGCCCGGGCCAGCGUUCAGCCAGCAGGGCCAGCAGCCCGUGUUCCCCAGGGAGAGGCCCGUGAGGCCAGCGCUGCAGCCGCCGGGGCCGCUGGGGAUCCUGCACUUCAGCCAGCCGGGCUCGGCGGCCACGCGGCCCUUCAUCCCGCCGCGGCAGCCCUUCCUGCCCGGCCCGGGCCAGCCCUUCCUGCCCGCGCACGCGCAGCCCAGCCUGCAGGGGCCCCUUCACCCUCCGCUGCCCCCUCCGCACCAGCCCCAGCCGCAGCCGCAGCCUCAGCCCCCGCUCCAGCCGCAGCACCAGCCUCCGCUGCAGCCGCCCCCGCAGCACCAGCCGCCCCCGCAGCCGCAGCACCAGCCCCCGCACCAGCCGCAGCCGCACCAGCACCACCACCAUCUGUCCGUCCCUCCGCCGCCGCUGAUGCCCAUGUCGCAGCCGCAGUUCCGGCCUCACAUCCAGACGGCCCAGCCGCAGCCAGGCGGUGCUCGGAUGCAGUGUCCCCAGCGCCAGGGGCUCAGGCAUAACACAACUUCUCAGAACGUAACCAAGCGGCCAAUGCAGCAAAUGCAGCCCACCGCUCCCAGGAACAGUAACCUGCGCGAGCUACCCAUCGCGCCGUCGCACGUCUUGGAUAUGGGCAGCAGCCGCUGCUCCACGGCCUCGGCUCAAGUGAAACCUGUCAUCAGCACGUCGCCACCCUCGAGGCCGGGGGCGGGGUCCAGGGCCGCACCGGGGAAGACGGAAGCCAAGGUGAAGCCGCUCAGCCCUGUGGUUCAACCCAAAGAAGAAGCAAAAACAGAACCAGAGUUUCCCGAUGAAGACGAGGAGACGCGCCUCUACCGCCUGAAGAUCGAGGAGCAGAAGCGCCUCCGAGAAGAGAUCCUGAAGCAGAAGGAGCUGCGGCGGCAGCAGCAGGCGGGCGCCAGGAAGAAGGAGCUGCUGGAGAGGCUGGCCCAGCAGCAGCUGCACCUGCCCGCAGCCUCGGCCGAGCCGGACGAGCAGGCGGCCUCACCGGCCCCCGCCAACGGGAACCCGCUCCUGCCCUUCCCGGGCGCGCAGCCUAGACCGAAUGUGAAAAACAGACUCCUUGUGAAAAACCAGGACGGCCCCGUUUCGAACAUUCAGCCCAAAAUGUCCAACUUUGCGCCGGCCGGCGCUCCGGGGCAGUACCAAGGACAGCAGACGAAACCUCCCAAGCACCCGAGGCAGGCCAGGGCCGUCCCUCAGAGUCCGGGCCCGCACAGGGUCCCGCAGGGGAAGCCUGCGGACGCGGAGGGGCCGCCACCCCCCUCGCAGAGCGCUCGAGCCGCCCUCCAGGGCCGGCCCCCGGACACCAAGCCCGGCGCCAAGAGGACGGUCAUGCACCGGGCCGGCAGUGGCGGCGGAGAUGGGCCGCACGUCAGCUCCAAGCAGGGAGGAGAGAGCGACGGCUUUUUUCACCCCGAGGGCCAGCCCCAGCGGCUCCCGCAGCCCCCAGAAGCCAGACAGCCGCCCGCCCGCAAGGUGACGCUGACCAAGGGGGCCCCCCAGCAGCCCCAGCACCCACCGGUGGGGGCCCACAUGCACCCGUCCGGCCCUCCGGGCAUCAAGAGCAUCCAGGGAGUCCAUCCUGCCAAGAAGGUUGUCACGCACGGGAGAGGCCGAGGAGUGGCGGGGGCUGUGGGCCGGGGCCGCCUGAUGCCAAACAAGCAGAACCUCCGGGUGGUGGAGUGUAAGCCGCAGCCCUGUGUCGUGUCCGUUGAAGGGCUCUCUUCGUCCACCACUGACGCCCAGCUGAAGAACCUACUGAUGUCGGUCGGACCCAUCCAGAGUUUACAGAUGCUUCCCCAGCAACGGAAAGCCAUAGCUAAGUUCAAGGAACCGGCUCAUGCGUUAGCAUUUCAGCAGAAAUUCCACAGGCACAUGAUAGAUUUGUCCCACAUAAACGUGGCCCUGAUCGUUGAGUGAUCUCUAGCAGGAGACGCUGACCCGACACGGAACACUCGCUGUGGGAUUUCUUCAGGGAAGCCGCAGCGCACACCCCCACGAGCACGGCCUCUCCGCGCACAGUCUUGCGUAACUGUUGUCCGGAGAGCGGCUGGCCCGGCGUGGACUCCAGCAGAGCCGGACUUGGGGACGUGGCGGCCUGGGCUCCGGUGUUACACGCUCCCCGUUCUGUUGUCACCACAGAGAACUACACUUUCCGGUUUCUUUUGUUUUCAAAGUGCUUACGAUGCAUGUAGCCCUUGUUCUUCGUGAUCGUGCUGUGUGACCGAUCACAGUGACUUAGGUUCAGGAAGGGACGUUAGCGCCACAAAUUCUGAGUAGUUUCCACAGCAAAGAACACUUGAUAAUGGUUGCACCCAUCUUCAGUGCAGGCUAGACAAGGGUCUUCCCAGCCGAGCGGAACCGCGCUGUCCUCUCAGAAAGCCCUCACAAGGCUCUUGGAAGCACGUAGAUUAAAAUUUGGGUGAUGGUGACGGGCAGCCGCGUGUCCUGGCAAGCAGGACGUGAGGGCGGUUGGGAGCGAUGCCCAUUGUGUGGCGGAUUCUGCUUCUUGUAAAUACUCCAGAAGCACCAGCUGCGUGUUCCUAGUUGCGGAGGGGACUCCGCACCCCUCCACUCUUCCCCAGUAAGGCACUGGUCCUGGCAGGCCCCGCCGUGUCUCCCUGGGCCUAGAGAGGGCGCCUGUGGCGCCGUCACCCUGCAGCCCUUCCAGAGCCCUGCCAGGUGGGUCGUGUUGCACAUCUACCCCGCGGGGCAGAGGCAGGGGGACUCGGCCCGGCCCCGUGUGGUUUGUUCCUCUUUGUAAAUGUGGCCCGAAGCAGCAUAUUCGUGUCCCUGGCUCUGUGACAUACAACAUUCUUCGGGAACUUGGUUAUCAUUGCUCUGAUUAACUUUUUUUUUUUUUUUUUUUUUUUUUGAAGGCCUUUUGAGUAGGGCUGUGCUGCCCUUGAGCAGAGCCAGGAGCAAGGUGGCCUAUGUGCUGGCGAGUUGCCCCUCGUGGGGUGUGGUGUGAGGGAUGGCUGUCCUCCCCAGACCGUGCAGCCCAAAGUGAAAUUGAAAUGUGUUCAUGUGGCCCCGAACCUGCUUGAGGAGUUCUGGGUAGGCUCGUUUAGGUGAGACUUUUCCUUCCCGUAAAGCAACGUUUAGUACAGUUCAUUCCGGUCAAGUCUUUAAAAAAGUGCCUUAUUGUAUUUCUGCUCAAGAACGAGUUUCACCAUUUGGGGUUUAUACUAACAUGGACCUGAACUGUUUGAGCAAGUAACAGAUACCAAGGCAUACUCAGACUUUUUAGCUGUGUUUUAUACCUAAGAUUUCACGGCAGGUUUACUAGUAGAAUUAGAGGAAAUAGGAGCCUGCCGCCUCCAGAUGCCACCGGUCAGCCCUGCGGGGACCAGCUCGAAGCCCCAGAGCCCCCGCCGCCAGGCACCCUCCCUCCUCUGAGCCUUCGCGCGGGGGCUGGGACCCAGGCCGCGUGAGCCUGUGUCGUGUUUGCACAGGUGAAAUUUUAUAUUUUUGCAACUUCAGUUGCCCGAACUGCAGGGGAGCGUUCAGACCCUGUGAGGCUUUCUGUGGCGAGGGUUCUAAGUGGCAUCCCGCGGUAGGAGGAGGCCUGGAGGAUGAAGGUGGGUGUUGGCGGCUGCUUUUCAGAAGGUGUAGGUGCCAGGAAGCGAACAGGCACUCCCAGGGUGCACCCCCCAGCUGAGGCGCCUGGCCGCCUUGUUCCAGAAAGCCCCUGACUCAGCUGCGCCAGGCCUGCCGUGGUGCUCCAGGGGAGGGUCCGCACAGUCCGUGCCCUGUCCCUACCCUCGGUCGACACGCACGUCCUGUCCGCUGUUGUCACAGGGAGAGACGGAUGUGUUCGUGUGUUUAAAAGCGUAGUUUAUUUGGCUCAGUCCACAGAGAGCUGCGUUGAAGCAACGAGCUUGACAGCCUGCUAGUUACGACACAUCCAGACCCCUUGCUGGUGCCGGGCAGUGGGAAGGCUUUCAGUUGACGGACUUGCUUUUUAUCACCAAGAACCAACUGAUGCAAUAAGAUGAGCUUAAAAAUUUUUUACCAUUUUCUGAAAUAGUCUGAGUGUGCCGUAUUGUCUCUGGAAAGUAGGCACAUAACAAAGAGCUUUUUCCCUAGUUAGCGAUGAGAAGUCAUCAGUCCUGCGUGGGCACCGCUGUUCAAGACCUGGUGGUGACAUUAAGGUCUGCUUUCGGCCUUGUCCGAGGACGAUACGGGCGCCAUGGGACAUGUGUGUCUGUUAACUGUCUACACACGUGAGCCUUCUCUUGAUGUGGUGUUCUUGAAAGCCUUUGGCCACGGGGAGCUGGGCCUUCGUAAAGCCCUGGUUAGAAUGGCCCCGUGUGCCCGGCCGUUGGCAGUGGCCGCAGUUCGUGCCGGCCGGCCCGGAGCAGAGGCUUGGUUUCCUUAAAGGGAGCUGCGGAAGGGAAAGAAGCAGAAUUAGAAAGUAACGUUAUUUCCAUUCUCGGUGCGCUUUUCGCGGUGAAAUCAGACCACCGUAAGCCGAACCCUUUUGGAAGAUCUGUUGCAACCAUUAUCUUUGUUCUUUAUUUAUCAUGCAUUUAAAAUGACAUGCAGAAGCAUUUAACAUACUAUGUAAAUAUGGACCUUUUAAAAUUAAAAUGUUAAUUGGAAACGCUUUCAAUUCAGCAACAAUCUUAGCUAUUUGUUAGUUCUUUUGUGUUGUCUUAUCGAAGUUAAAUGGAUUCCGUUCCAUAAUUGUUGAUGUGUCUGUGUGUAAAUCCGAUUUUUAUAAAGAUGGUAGUUAAGUCAAUACAUGUAUCCUGACCUGUGUAUUAUUUGUUUCCAAAUUCAGGAAGCUUAAAGUCAGUAAAUACCGAUAUAUCGCGUGAGGUAAAUAUAACAGGUGAUUGUGUGGAGCCAAGGUACCUUUUCUUUUUACAUUGUCUUGUUUUGAUUUUGUGCUGUAAUAUAAGAUCACUUAGCCGCUUAUCUGAGCAUAACCUUGCAUUACCGUUGGUCUGCCCACUUUUGUUAAGUCCUUAUACUGAUGAUUCUAAGGGAGAAACCCUGUCUCUUUUUACCAGAACAAAUGUUGAGGGUCCCCCCUCUUUCUGGACAGGCAGCGUCCUACGUAGGUGUCUGUGCCCUUCCCAGUGGGGAGCGGGCAGGGUGGCGGGGGGGAGGGGCUUCAUCAUAACUACUUUUUAUUUGAGUCGUUCUUCUCUUGAUUUGUAACAGCCCUGGAUAAACCAUUGUUUACGCCUGGUUCUGUAGCGUUGCUAAGUUGUGACAGAGCUUGGAUCCUGCGCCCAGGGGGCUUUUUUCAAAGAGCGUUUUGCUUAAUUUGUAAACGGAAGACUGUUGCUGGAGGAGAUUGGGAGAGGUGUCUCGGGGAGAGGGGAGCAGGGGGGCCUGGGACGGGGGAGAGGAGAAUUUUGCAGAAUGAAGGAGUUGUACUAAGUAUAAUGAACUUCUCACACACUGACUCUUUUCAGAGGAGUCAGCUGGUCGAGCCGAGAAGCAUGCGGGAGGGUGGGCUCGUGGACGGCUCUCGCCGGGGGACAGGAGGGCACCCGCCCCACAGGGAGGUCACCUUUCCGCGGGAGGGCCUUGAGCCCUUCCUCAGGAGGGGCCCCGCGGAGGUACAGAGAUGCCCUGAGGCAGGGCCUGGCUCAGAGGGGCUGUUUGCAGAACCUGUCACUUCCGUUCUUGUUUUCUUAAAUUUUCUUUCGGCUUGUUGUGGUUUUUUGUUUUGUUCUUUUCUUUUUUUCUUUUUUUCUUUUUUUGCUGUCGUUGUUUUUAAUUUCUUUGUUACUUAAUUGAAGGUAAGCUCCACGCGCUUCUAGACCACUGGACCGACAGGGACCCUGUCGCGGGCGGUUGGGUUCUGGUGGAGGUCUGGUGCCGAACGCCCGGCGCGCUCCCCGCUCGGUUCCCUAGAGAGCCCGCGUGUCCGGCUGUCAAGAAAUGCGUCCCCAGUCGGCCGGUGCUGCCCUCAGCAGAUGGCUCUGGGCUCCUUUGCUGUCAUAGUGGCCUGCUCAGAGUCGUUUUUAAUGUCCCCUCCCUUCCUGCUGGUAGGAUUGCUCUGGCUUCACACAUUCACUGUUCGACCCGAUUUUAUUUAUUUCCCUGUAGUCGGGUGGAGUGCCCCCCCCCCCCCCCCCCCCCGCCUUGUCUGUUUAUUUGGUGUCGGGGGUGGGGGGGCUUGUGAAAGGUCGCCUUGGUUCUUUACCAAUUUUUAAGAGGCCUUAUUCUAAACGGGAAUCCCUGACGGGUGGGGCGGAUGAUCGCUGCGGGGUGGGGAGACAGCCCUGUCCCCCCGUGAAGGAAGCCACAGGAGCUGAGAUCGCUUAGGGGAAAGUGUAGGUAUUUUACUGUAUUUAAUGAGCAUUUCAAUUAACCUUUUCACCUAUUUUUAAAACUUGUGAAUGGAGUGUUAUUUUGGACAUUGGUAAAUAUGAACUCUCCAAAGGCGGUUAGCCUUGAUUUACUGCUAAAUCCUAAGGAUUAUUGUGUAAGGUUUUUUUGCAACCUAUUUAAUCUUCAUCAUUUAAAGCGCCCGUGGUUUUGUGUCCUAGAACCAAAGCAGAACUCGCUGAUUCAUAUUGGAUCCCAGGUAUACCUUCUUCUGGUAGCGUAUGGUUGGGAAGGAUCAUUGGUUUUACACGCUGUAACCUGCCUUUUCUAGAGAAUGUUUUUAAAACUCUUAACUCUCUCCCCUGUGCCGGGUUUUGGUAGGAAGGCUUCUCGUCAGGACAGGCAGGUAGAGCAGGCGUCUUCAGUGAGGACUUUUUUCCCUUUUAUUUCUGACCAACUAAAAUGUAAAAAGACCGUGUUGGUGUUUUGCUGUGUUUUAUUUUACUAAUUUUAAAACGUACCUAGAAAAAUACAGGCCCUUUAAAAAGAAACAACGUAGCCUUUAAAUUCUGAGUACGUUGCACAGACUGGACAGGUACGCUAUUUUUUUAAUAUAUUCUGUAUUUAGUAGUUUCAUGUACUCUAGAGAGUAGACCUUGACGUUCUUGUAGCAUGGUUUCAACUACUUUUUAUCUUAAGGGCACACAUAGUGGAAGCUGAUUUUUAAAGGUCUGUUUACAUUUUAUACACUCUGCAGCAUUGUCUUAGACCCUACGAUUUAGGGGUUUCUAACAACACACAGCCCACUCAUACCCUCAGCGGAACAGCUAGGAUCGUUUGGUUUUUUUGUAAUUCGUCUUUGCUUUUCGCAGGCAUGGGGGCCAGGAGUGCUUUUCCUCUGUGAGGAUUCUAACUCUCCGUCUUCGCCUUUAAUCCCACCGUUUAAUUUUCAGGUUCGACAGCAGCCCAGCCCGCAGCCUUUGCAUUCCAAGCGGGUUUCCUGUGCGGGGCGUCUCCUUCCUUUUGUGGCCUUGCCGCCCCCCACCCCCUCCCCGGGGGCUCCGGAGCAGCGGCCUCCUGCCUGCCCCCCCCCCCCUUUCCUGUUCUCUUGCACCUUCCUCGCCCAAACCCAUCUAGCAGCCACCACAGGGAGCUUCUUCCCCAUUCUGGAAAAUCACUUUCUCCCCCUUCCUCCUCUCUGGAUGUCCUCACCCUCCUCCUACCCACCUGCCUUUGGCCACGGACCUGUCCUUUGCUGACGGUGCUCUAUUCUUACUCCUCUGUCUGCUCUUAACAUUUAGAAUUCCUCCUUGGGGGUGGGGGUGCGAGGUGGCCGUGAACAUUUUUGCACGGCGUUUGCAUUUGGCGUUUGCAUUCGACUGCGUCACCCCCUUUGCUUUGACAGGUUUUCACUCCCGCUUUGUUCCUGCAGGUCUCUGCUGGAGAGAAUAACGUCCGGAUUCUGUUACUUUGCAGUGUGACCUUGCGGGAGCGUGUGGCGCCCCGCGACGCCGGCCGGCGUCCUGCCGCCCGCGGGGAGCGUGCGAUUAACCACCCCUUUGUUUUCACCCCUGCUUUUACAGGACCUCUUGUGCAUGAGUCAGUGUUAGUUGUAGCGCGCCCAUUUUUCCACUGGAAGCGGCGGCCCGUUUGACCCCGUGUCACUGCUCCCGCUGUGAUCCUUCCUAACCGUAAUGCGCACGGCAGCGCGCUGCCGAGCUGGCCCGCGCCAGCUCCCGGGUGGAGCCUGACGCUGUGUCUGUUGGGAGUGCGUUGGGAGUUCAGAGACCGGCACGCGACCGAGUUGCUUCCCUGUGGGUUGGCCUGCCUCACGUGUUCUGCCCAACACUGCACUUGCCCUUGUGGGGAAGGACGUCGCCUCGCUUUGCCCCGUCUCGCUGUACGCUGAUCACUGUGACGCUUUAUCAGGAAUCUGUGUGAGGAACACUGGUGACAUGGUUGGAAAAAUGUAUUGUGUGUAUCAUUUGUGUGACUCCGUACGGAGGCGUGUCUCGAACUGUGUUGUAAUUUGAAAGACGUGUUAAUAAACUUCCUUGCGGCCUCUGC